CGGAGCGGGCGGAGCGGGCGGAGCGGCGCGGCCCGAACGCUGCGUGGCUAGACCGAAGGCAGCGGCGGCGGGCCGGGUCGGGCUCCGGGAGUGAGUGAGAGGGCGCUUUCCCAGCCCGGGAUGUGAGAACCGAGCGGAGCCUGGGGCGGGGGGAGGGAAGGGAAGGGAGGCGAAGCCGGCAGGAAGGAAGGAAGGACGGACGGACCAGGAGGAGGAGCGGCGGCGGCGGCGGCCGGAGCCGGAAGGCGGGGAGGGGCCGUCCGUUGGGCCCGAGGCGGCGGUGGCGGCUGGAGAGAACGGCUCUCGUCACCUCCCCGGGGCAGGAGCGGCGGGGCCCGCGCCUCCUCCCCCCAGCGCCGCGGAGGGGGGAGGAGGAAGAUGGAGACCCACAUUUCGUGCUUGUUCCCCGAGCUGCUGGCUAUGAUCUUCGGCUACCUGGACGUCCGGGACAAGGGGCGCGCGGCGCAGGUGUGCACGGCCUGGCGGGACGCCGCCUACCACAAGUCGGUGUGGCGGGGGGUGGAGGCCAAGCUGCACCUGCGCCGGGCCAACCCGUCGCUGUUCCCCAGCCUGCAGGCCCGGGGCAUCCGCCGGGUGCAGAUCCUGAGCCUCCGCCGCAGCCUCAGCUACGUGAUCCAGGGCAUGGCCAACAUCGAGAGCCUCAACCUAAGCGGUUGUUACAACCUUACCGACAACGGGCUGGGCCACGCGUUUGUGCAGGAGAUCGGCUCCUUGCGCGCCCUCAACCUGAGCCUCUGCAAGCAGAUCACCGACAGCAGCCUGGGCCGCAUAGCCCAGUACCUCAAGGGCUUGGAGGUGCUGGAGCUGGGGGGUUGCAGCAACAUCACCAACACCGGCCUUCUGCUCAUAGCAUGGGGCCUGCAGCGCCUCAAGAGCCUUAACCUCCGCAGCUGCCGCCACCUCUCGGACGUGGGCAUCGGGCACCUGGCCGGUAUGACGCGCAGCGCGGCCGAGGGCUGCUUGGGCCUGGAGCAGCUCACACUGCAGGAUUGCCAGAAGCUCACUGAUCUUUCUCUAAAGCACAUCUCCCGAGGGUUGACGGGCCUGAGGCUCCUCAACCUCAGCUUCUGCGGGGGCAUCUCGGACGCCGGCCUUCUGCACCUGUCGCACAUGGGCAGCCUACGCAGCCUUAACCUGCGUUCCUGCGACAACAUCAGUGACACGGGCAUCAUGCAUCUGGCCAUGGGCAGCCUGCGCCUCUCGGGGCUGGAUGUGUCGUUCUGUGACAAGGUGGGGGACCAGAGUCUGGCCUACAUAGCUCAGGGGCUGGACGGCCUCAAGUCCCUUUCUCUCUGCUCCUGCCACAUCAGUGAUGAUGGCAUCAACCGCAUGGUGCGGCAGAUGCAUGGGCUGCGCACGCUCAACAUCGGACAGUGUGUGCGCAUCACGGACAAGGGCCUGGAGCUGAUUGCUGAGCACCUGAGCCAGCUCACUGGCAUCGACCUGUACGGCUGUACGCGGAUCACCAAGCGCGGCCUGGAGCGCAUCACGCAGCUGCCCUGCCUCAAGGUACUCAACCUGGGACUCUGGCAGAUGACGGACAGUGAGAAGGUCAGGACCUAUGAUCUGAGGACGGUGAACUGAAGCAUGGCCUCUCACCCAAAUCCUGGUGCUUUCCUGCAGCGACUACCAGUGUUUUCCUCUUUUCCAGGAAUUGCUCUGAGUUUGCCUGGUGGAGUUGCCUUUACCAGCCCACAACAUUUGGUACUUUGUAAUGCCGAGUCUUCCACUUAAGGUGCAAGAGAGAGGAAGCCUGAGAUCGCAACUGUACAGCACUAGAGUAGGGUGUGUAACCACCCCCAAAUAAAACAAAAUGGAAGUGGGGUUCUUCAGCCUGCUGUUUGUUAACCUGGAAAUGGAUACACGUUUUCUUAAAAAAGACUUAUCAUUUUCUUAUUACUUUUCUACUUUAGUUGUUCACGGGACAAAUGCCGCAUAUCCUUGUAAGUUUGUUUUUAUUUGUGAUAGCGGAAAGUAGUAAGUCUCAAUUACAAAGGGAAGAAAAAUUAGGUCUUCUGGAGCCAGUGGCAAAGAAACCCAGGUAAGACAAUGGCAGGAAUAUGAAUACGGUCUAAUAAUUUAGCAGAGAAUAGUGUUCAGUUUCUCUGCCUCAAAAAUUUAAGAUUCUCAAUUCUGGGAGGUAUUGUACAUUUAAUUUUUUAAAGGGAGAAAGAGGUUUGACAAGGUUGGAAAGAUUUUGUCUAAAUGACAUGAGGAGUCAGUCUCAUAGCCGAGGCUGUCUAGACCUUCCCGACCACGUCAGAGGGUGAUCAACUUGCAGGCAGCACUCUGAUCUUUCCCUGAGACACUGCAAAGCCCCACCCUGACCCCUCUCUUCAGAAAGGUGGGAGUUGAAAAAAAAUUGCUAGGAGUUGUUAUUACUAUUUAAUAGUCAGUAAAUUAUGCAGAUUUUCUUAGAUAUGGUCUCCAAGUAUCAUAUACACUGUUACUUAAGAAGCUGAAAACCAGUGCAAGUUGACAAAUGGGGUCUCCGGGACUGAAGUAGCCGGCAGUGACAAAUCUGUCACCUGUUGUCCUAGAGGACUUGAGCCAGAGCCAGUUUCAAAAACACUGCUUUGUCACAACUGGUGAUAAGAAGUACAAAUGCUGGAAGUCUAUGCUUGUGAUCGCGUCAAAGCUAAGAACUACGCACGUUUAAUACACUCCAAAUAUCUGUCAUACAACUACAAGAACCUCACAAUCCUGUUAUAAAGGAGAACUGGGCUGUAAGAAUGCUAGCUAUUUUCAUUCAGGGGUAAAAAGGCUUGACUUCACAGAUGUUUUAGUUACAAAUCCCUCUUGUCUAGGAAGAGUAAAAGGGUCUAAUUCGUUAAUACCAGGCACCCUCUUAUGUUUAUUAGUUCUCGAUUUACGUAAUCCACACUCCAGGAGGAUCAGGCCUAGCACAAGAAUUCCUCCUCACAUCAUGGAACCAAGAUUGGACUGUGGGAACAGAGUUCCUUGAGACCAGAUUAAUUUUUCACAAAUAGUGUAGGAUUACUUGAUAUGGCUUGGAAAGCAUUACUUUCCCCAUCUAAAAACAGAAUGAGAAAAUAUAUACUAUAAACGUCCAUAAUAUUUCUCCUUAGGAAAUCUACCCCAAACUAGCAUUAUUGGUGUGCACAUCUGUUGUAGGAAUAGCUACCUGCUUCCAUUUUCCAGCCCAGGGCAAGGCUUUUUGAGAAGUGAUCUCCAGAUAGGGAGCAGCCAAAAAAAAUUAGUCCUAUAUUCCUUCGAAUCUUUGGAAAAAUUGCCAAGGCUAAAAUUGGGCAGAUGGGUAAAAUAAGGAAGUGCAACAGCUAAACCCUUCAGAUCUGUAAUGUUCUUAGAAGACAACUAGUUAUUGCCCUCCACUUAUACUUCCCAUGUUUUAAACCUUAAUUUCAGAGUUCAAAACCCAUUGCUGUGAACUAUCACACACGCAAAAAAGAUGGCCAGUAGGUGUGCCUUAAGCAAACAGUAUGAAGGCCCAGCUAAAUUAACUGACAAUUUCUAGCACUUCUGGUUCAUUUCAAAUGCACAAAAUUUGGAGAGUCAGGAUUCUAGAAUGAGGGUGUGGCUCAGCUCUGUGGCAGCCUGAACUUGACCAGGCUCGCAGCCUGCAGCUGUAGGGAGCAGAGGCACCCUUCACGGUGUCGGGGCCCAGAGUGCAUGAGCGGCUCCUCCAGCCCUCGCUGACGGUCUGUGCACCUGAGACAGAUGCCCUGCCUUUGUGCUCUGAGUCGAGUGGUGACAGCGAGCAGUGUGACCCAGAGCCAGGAGCUGGCCAAUCUUCUUCCCACACAGAAGAGCCCUGAUUUUCUAUGGAAUCACAAGAGAAGCUGCAGAAACUCACUAGAGCAAACACACAGGAUUUAGCAGCUUCCUUACUGCUUACUUUAGGAAUAAAAAUGUGUAUUUGUGGGUUAGAAGGUAGAUGUCAAGGACUACACAUUAUUGAAAAGUAAGGGUGGAAAAUAGUUUUGUGUCCUGGACUGUUGGUAGACCCUCUCUAUACCCACCCCCCCCCAAAUAAAAACAAAACUCGCCCACGCAUGAUUCACAAUGCAUGUGCUCCCUGUUGGAAUAUGUCCGAACCAGUAUCAGCGGUAGCUAGGAGUCAGAUCGUGUGUUAUUCUUUACUGUAAGUUCAUGAAAACUAGGAGCCACUAAUGGCAGCAAAAUUAGAGCUUAAUGAAAAGGUCUACAUAUUCUUCAAGGCAGAAGACGGAAAGAUGACAUUUAUCCACAAAAUCUGCAAGUCCUGUGUUUUGUCAGCAGGCGGCAGCAUUGUCUGUGAGUUGGAGGUUAUUUCCAAUGAGGAACCACGACCUCCUUCCCUCUAACAAAUCCCUUCUGGUCACCCACCCACUCCACCCCCUAACAAUCCUCUCUUAAAAUAAUUUCCCCAGGGUAUAAGAGUUGACGAGAGAGGAAUUUCACCAAUUCCUCUCAUUGCUGAAAAGAUUAAAUUAAAUUUUAAAAUAUCAGUGAAGUUACGCCCAGAAGCCCAGGUGCUGAGCAUUUUGUUUUUGUUGCAAAGUAACAGAGGUGGCCCUCUCACAGAGGUUCCCUGAUUUAGCUAGCAGCUCUCUGCUUUUGGAGUCUGCAAGAAUCAAACAUCAACUUCUAUUCUUCUAAAAGGCCAUCUCAGUUUGGGAGAACAAAUGGGGAAAAUUUUUAGUCAUCCAUGGAGUUAUCAAUUUUAACAGCAAAGGCAAAAGGGCUAACAUUUAAUAUAAAAAAAAGUGUAUUGUCUGUCAUGAAAAAUUCUAGAGGUCCUCUGAGGAAAACACUCUUUUUAUUUUUUUUUUAAUUACUAAAGGAGUGUCUUUAUUGCCCAGAUAAAGACAUCUAUGAAACUGAAAAAGAAGCGAGGUUGCUUGUGUGACCUAAAUUCCUCCUUUGUAAAGCAGAUAUUAGGAUAAGAUAGCAAAAAUUGAAAGUAAGAGAAAGAACCUUCUGAGUGAACUUGGCCAGAUUCCAUAAAAUGUCACAAUAAAGAACAGGCUGGGGGAGGGAGUUUUUUGCCCUCUUGGCACUGGUUUAUCUGGCCUCAGGAAAUCAAAGUGUGGAUCUGAGGGCAGUUGGUACAAACGUGGAAUCAGAAGGUGGAAGGUGGAUACCGCCUGUGGAUACUUCCACGAAGCCGCACUCACUGGACCGUCACAGUUCAUUAGCUGGCUGGGGAUCAUUUCUGGUUACAGAAUGGAAGAAAAGAAGGGUAAAACUUGUGAAACCCAGGGUCUAGGCAUGAAGCAAAUUACUAUUUGUGGAACCAUUCAUGAAAGCUUUACACGAGCAGAAAAAUCUCGCCGGGCAACUUUAUGGAAACCAGAGCUGAAAUAUGCCACUGUUAGUGACCAUACUGAAGGAAGGAAAAGUCAGGAAAAACAACUCAAUCAAAGAAAAAAAAAAAGGUUAAAGAGGUUGUAGAGGAAAGAAAAGAGAACAUGUAUCAUUCCACACACAAAUGAGGAAGGAAAAGACAGGUCAGGCUGAGGAGCCAGAAUAAAGAUAAGUGGCACGAAAUUAAAUGAGGGGACAUAUAAACUAUUUAACAACUAGCAAUUCCUAAAGGUGGUCCUUAAGAGGAGUUAGAAGGGUUGCUCUUUGAUUUGGUCUAAGAAAUAGCUUUCCUGGGCUGUCCUGUUUUCAAGAAAUAGGUUCUUUUUCUUUGGUUGCUUGAAUUUUGACUUGAGACAAAAAUUCCAAUUAAUUGGGUCAUUAGGCUUGCCCGAGGAUGAACUGGUGACCGAGAAGAUCUUUGUAAGGCGACAGCCACUACAAGCCUGAAAAUAUCCUACUCAAAGAGAUGGAGCUGUUACCUCAGCCUGACCCUCCAUGGCCACCAUCGACUCACAUGUUCACAGCAGCCAGGAGGAAAGUUAUGUUUUAUCCAUUAUCGCAGUUGUACAGGGGAAAACAAGCUACAACGACACAGCAUAUUGACACAGCGUAUGGAGAGAGAAACACAAAACAAUGUUUCCAACACAAGCUGACUGCGGCUUUCCUCACAGGGCUCUUCAGGUACCAGCUGGCUCUGGCGGCUUGAAUGUUCUCCAUCAACCCCACAUGACUCAGACUCCUAUGUUCCGUUUUGGUAAAGAAGGUAUACCUUACAGCUCUAUUAAUCCCAAGAAGUCAGAACUUCUUUCUGGUUACUUAUUUCAGGGAACAUUCCCCAAACCAUCACCCUAGACGGCUCCCAUUGCUCAGUCUGCAAAUCCACACAGCCUGAAUACUUAUUUCCAGGUUGGGCGGCCACUGCUGCUGCUUUCUUGACCUUCCUCUACACUCCUAGCCCCUUCCCCUACUUCACCUCCAAAAAAUAAAGGUUUCCACACAGACACCCAUUUGCCCUAUAAUGUAUUU